AUGAGCGCCUCGCUGCAGCGACAUUUGAAUCACCUUUUCAUUGUUUGGAAGUGGAAGAGGAGAGCAGAUGUUUGUCUCUGCCCCGGUGCUGCGUUGUACUGCAAGAGGGUCUGCUCCACUACAAUUGAAGCAGAUCCCACAGAGAUCCACAGGAGGAAGCUGUUCUUAUGGUUCAGCCAUCUUCCCCAGGAGGAGAAACAGUUUGGAGGCUACUUUAGCCCAGAGACGAUGCAUGUGGAUCCACUGAUCCUGGAAAGGAAGCCAGAGGAAAGAGCGGGACUUCUCAGCACCCCCGUAAAAAUCCAGGCUUCUUCUGGCUCCGCCUUGACCGUGGAGCAGCUUUUUGAAAUAAAUGAAGACCAGCACCAUGACCGAGGACUCAACGUACUGCUGUACGGAGCGGUGGGAACUGGAAAAAGCACAGUUGUCCGAAAGCUAGUGCUGGAUUGGUGCGCAGGGACCACGCUGACAAACUUCAAACUGCUGAUUCCAUUUUCCUGUGAAGAUCUUGGCGAGCUAACAAAGGUUGCAUCUUUGAGGGACCUGGUCAGUAGGAAAUACCUUCACUUGAAAAAAACCCCUCUACUAAGUGGCGAAGGCAACCAAGCCAAAGACGUACUCUUCUUAUUCAAUGGCAUGGAAAAGAUGAAACUUGACUUCCGGAUUGGCUCCACAGAGCUCUGCAGUGAUCCAAAUGAGGCGCUGCCCUCUGGUGCGGUGGUGGUCAACCUUCUUCGCAAGUACCUUCUCCCAGAGGCCAGUGUUUUAGUGACCACCAGACUGUCUGCCUUGGACCGUAUCCCUCCAAAGUAUGUGAGUCGCUAUGCACAGAUUUGUGGCUUCAACGACCCGAACCGUCAGCGUGCCUACUUCACCAGCCGCCUCCUCCAGCAGAGUGGGGGAAGCGUCCAGGCGCAUGAUGCUCAGGCUCUCGUAGAGCUACUUUACCUCAAUCUACAGAGAGAAAGCCAGCUGGCCGCAGCCUGCUUUCUGCCGUCUUACUGCUGGCUCACAUGUGCUACCUUGCACUUCCUGCAUUUUACUGAUGCCAAGGCACCUAUUCGCACUCUGACUGGCAUAUACACCAGUUUUCUCAGGCUCAACUUUGGAGGGGAGGUACUGAGCAAAGCUACUGGAGCAAGUGCACCCAAGCAGGACAUUCACAGUUCUUUAAUGCUGUAUGUCGUCCGCACAGUUGGCAAACUGGCCUACGAAGGCGUGGCAUACAAACGCACCUCAUUCUCAGAACAGGAGCUCGAGCAGUGGAUCGGAGGAAAGACCAAGACGGACGAGGAGUUGCGUCAGCUGGCUGUGUUCAGAACUGACGUGCUAGACUUUUUUCUGGCUCCGUGUGUUGAAAGUUGUAAACAUUUACCCGCGGAACUCUGUGAACAUGAUGGGAGGCGAUAUGUAUUUGCUGUUCCAGCCAUGCAGGAAUACUUGGCGGCACUCUAUGUAGUACUAGGGGAGAAUAAGUCCGCUCUGGAGAAGCUGACCAAGCAGGUGUCCGUAGCCAUUGGACAGGCAACUGAGGAUGUCAGUGCCAUUGUUAAUAUCUUCUCCAAGUUCAUCCCACUCAGAAUCUUUGCAGUCUUCAACUUAAUCAAGCUUUUUCCAAAGUUGUACGAGAAAAUCAGUACUCGAAACAAGGGCAAUAUCGCAAGGACGAUGGCAGCCGAACUGUUCCGCAAGGAAGAUAGCUACAAUGAGGACGUUCUGGAUCAGAUGGAGCAAAACCUCCUGGGAGUGCAUGGUCCACAGUCAAAACAGCAGAUGGAGGCGCAGCCUUUUGAGUUGUACCCCAUCUUCAUGGGUGGACUCUUGCAUUAUGGCAACAGAGUCCUUCUUCAGCAUCUUGGCUGUAACAUCCAGAGUGACACAGUGGCUCAGAUCACACGAGCUCUUCGGAAAUAUCUUGUUCGAGAAAUCAACAAGCCACAGCCACCAGAGGAGUUAAUGGAUCUGUUAGUUCUUCUGUACGAGUUUCAAAAUCCUCGCCUAACUGCGGAGGUUCUUGCCUCAAUCAGAACCAUCCGCCUCCACAAUAUACGCAUGACUGCCCUCAAAUGCUUUGUGUUGAGUUCUGUGCUUUCAUGCGCUCCUCCAAGUUACCAAUUGGAAGAGUUGGACCUUUCCUCAUGUCUUCUUACUCGAGACAUGCUUCAGAUGUUGUCGCCUGCCUUCAGACACACUCGCAACCUCAACCUGCAGUUUAAUAGCCUCGGUCCUGAUUCCUGCAUCCUCCUGAGAGAUCUACUAAAAGACUCCAAAAGUUGUGUUAGUGUACUACAACUUUGUGACAACCGAAUACUAGACUCCGGAGCCUGCCUUCUCCUGGAGGCCCUUCCGGAGAACCAGUCCUUGAGGCAUCUGUCCCUGAUGCACACCGGCUUGGAGGACCAAGGGGCCCUCGAGCUGGCUGAGAGACUUCAGCAGCAUACUGGCCUACAGGAGCUCAACGUUGCCUACAAUAAUAUUGGAGACAAUGCUGCUCUGGCACUUGUGGAUGCUUGCAGGGAACAUCCCAGCAUUGACACUGUUCAUUUGUACCUGAACCCUCUGAGCGAUGUGGGCAAGCAGUCCCUCUACGUCCGAGGCAUUCCCAAGAGCCACGGCGGCAGCGGGCGGCGCGUCAGAGUCCUCGCUUCCGUCACGGAGGGUUCUGAUCUCUCAGAGGAUUGGCACCCUAUUCUCAGUGUCAUUCGUGAGAAUGUCUCAUCUUGGGACAGAGAGCGUUUAAAACAGCAGCUUAAGGUGUUCCUCAGGGAUUUGGAGUGGGGACGUCAACAGCAGCAGAGUCUCUUGAAAAAACUUCACUUCCGAAGGGUGGAGAAAGGCGUGCGUCAAACACUACGGAUGCUGGAGAAAGACACGCCGCCGCCUUCUGCAUCGGUCAACAAGUAA